AAGAGUGAGGACUCAUUAUUCGUUUUUAAUUAUAAUCACACUUUUUACACGAUCCCUAAGCACCUUGACGCAUGCUCGUCUUGGAAGCUUUCUGCGGUAAUGAACAUCAACACGGCUGCUAGUAUGUCGAAUGUCAGCAGCUUACAGAUAAAACAAUGAACAGGAGAUUCUGCCAGAAUGAAUGACAUUAACUUGAGCCCGGUGGGGAUGGAUCAGUUAAGUGUUUCCUCAGUAAGUGGCACCAUACCUGUGACUGGGGGUCAUCUAGGAUUGGCAUCCUCUCCAACUCACAAUUCCAUUGCUACUACAGGAAUGCCUGUUGCCAUUCCCAAUUUGGGUCCUUCAUUGGGUUCACUACCUUCUGCUCUUUCACUUAUGCUACCUAUGGGGCACCUUGGAGAUCGUAGUAUGAUGUGUGGUAUUCCAGAAAGAAAUUACACUCUUCCGCCACCUCCCUACCCUCAUCUGGAAAGCAGUUACUUUAGACACAUAUUACCUGGCAUAUUGUCUUAUCUAGCUGACAGACCACCUCCACAAUAUAUUCAUCCCAGCUCCUUAAACAUGGAUGGAACUCCUACAUUGUCUGUACAUACUAAUCCUACUUCAAUUGAUCAUUACCAGCCCAGUGGUACGGUUGGGCUGGAAGCAACUAUGGUUGCUUUGGACUCACGACAAGUUGGGUCCCAUGGAGCUCAGAGUCUUCAUUCUGGCAGUGGACAUGAAGUACCAUUAGAUAGUAUUGAACCUGUGUCUCGUGUGACCAGCCCUAUUUCUACUGAAGCGAUGGGAGAGGAGCUUACAAUGGAUGGAGUGGCAGCAGAGCAUCAAACACUACCCACAAACAUCAGAAACCAUGAAUCAAUAGCAGUGGAUUCUGUUGGGAACAGUAUGCCUUCAGAAGCAGUGGGUCAUGGCAAUGUUCUUCCUAUUCACACUGGGACUCUAGAGCUGCCUGUUGUUAUGGAAACAGAACAUUUAGGGGGAAGGGUUUCAAAUAGUAACCUGACAGAGUCAAUUCACACAGCUGGUAUGAAUUCUGGCUCAGUAAGUGUGGUACUCUCUAGUUCUCACUCGAUGACCCCGCUGGAGCCUGUAUCAAUUCACAGUGGAAAUAUUGGACUGGAGCCAGUCUCUGUUUCUUCGAUCACUGCUGAGGUGUCUUUGGGAAAUGGACAGGUGGAAGUGUCUCCUGAGAAUCUGGUGUUGGUGCCACAGCCUUUGCAAAUGGAAGACUCUAACUCUAAUAAAGAAAACAUGGCAACUUCAUUUACAAUAUGGUGCACGCUUUGUGACAGAGCCUACUCCUCUGAUUGUCCAGAGCAUGGGCCUGUAACAUUCAUUUCUGAUUCUCCUAUUGAAAGUCGUGCCAGGCAGUCUCUUCCCAGGCAACUUGUACUGAGGCCAUCUUUGACUGGAGCAGACAUUGGAGUUUUUGCACAGGACUCCAUUCCCAUUAGAGUGUGCUUUGGACCUUUGAUUGGACAACAGUGCAGCUCUCUUGAAGUCUCUGAUUGGACAGAUAAGACAUCACCUCAUGUUUGGAAGCUGUUCCAUAAUAGUGUUCAAGAAUUCUGUAUCAUCACUACAGAUGAAAAUGAAUGUAACUGGAUGAUGUUUGUUCAGAAAGCAAGAACAAGUGAGGAGCAGAAUUUGGUAGCAUAUCCUCACAAUGGCAAGAUGUAUUUCUGUACCUCAAAGGAAAUUCUUCCAGACCAUGAGCUUCUGUUCUACUAUAGCAGGGACUAUGCUAGACAGAUUGGAGUCCCAGAAGUGCCUGAAGUUCACACUUGCCACUGUGGAAAAGAGUGCAUAUCCUUCUCAGAACUAAAAUCACACUUGAAUAGCCAUACUCAUAAUCACAGUCAUGGAAACAAUCACUGGACUGGUCAUUCUAAGGACAAGAAAUUUAAGUGCUCUAUGUGUUCUAGGGCUUUCACCUCUUCCUCAAAACUUAAUGUACAUGUUAUGGGGCAUGUAGGUGUUAAGCCAUACAAAUGUGGAUUCUGCAGCAAGGCUUUCAGUGAUCCCAGCAACCUCAGAAAACAUUUAAAAAUCCAUACAGGUCAGAAGAAUUACCGAUGUACAUUGUGUGAAAAGUCAUUUACUCAAAAAGCUCAUUUAGCGUCACACAUGGUAAUUCACACUGGUGAGAAGAACCUAAAAUGUGACCACUGUGACAGAAUGUUUAUGAGGAGGCAAGAUCUCAAGCAACACAUCCUGACUCACACACAGGAGCGUCAAAUCAAAUGCCCAAAAUGUGACAAACUAUUCUGGCGGUCCAAUCACUUGAAAAAACACCUCAAUUCCCAUGAAGGCAAGAGGGACUAUAUUUGUGAGAAAUGUAGCAAGGCCUUUCUUACAAAAUACCACCUGACCAGGCACCUGAAAAUUUGCAAAGGACCAAAGAAUAGUGAGUCUGUUCAGGAUGAGGAUGAAGAAGAAGAUGAAGAGGAGGAAGAGGAAGAUGAUGAAGACUGCUUGGCUGACCCCACAAGCAGGGAAGAGUGUACUUUAACCACAGAUGUGUAUACAACAGAAGGAUCUCUGUCAAGGCACAAGUGAUUAGUAAAUGACUUUUUUAUAAUAAUCUUAUUUCUCAUUUUAUAUAAUUAUGGAAAUUUGCCUAUUAAAUCUCUGACCUAUCAUUUUUACCUCUGGUGGCGCACUAAUGUAUUUUGUCUCUUAAAAUUAUGUUUUUUCUUUUUCCUUUAUUAAAUGGUUUCAAACUAGAUAAGAAUAUUUUCAUCUGUAUUUACCACAGAAUUGCAUUAAAACUAUUGCUAAUCGACAGUUAUGCCUUAAAUUACACAUGGUGAUUACAGCAAAUAGUUGGUUAUUUAAAAAUGGACAAGUGUACUUUAUUAUGAAAAAUACUUAGAUAUAUGGCAGACUAGGUACUAUUACCCGCUGACCUUCUUUGUUAAGUUUAAAGUUCAAUUGCGAAUGUAUAUAUAGUAUGUUUCUUUUUAGGGAAUUAUGUUAAAAAGUUGCAGUAUGAAAUGUAAAUUAUUGAUGUAUAAAAGCUUGUUAACUUGACAAAGUGGAGGAGAAAACUUUCUGCUGCCUUAAAGUGGUGUUCAAUGGAAAUGUGAUAUAUUUCUGUGUAAGUAUGUUCCAAGUUAGAGUAUUUGCUGAAUGUAUAAUUUAUGUACUACAUUUUCAGAUUUUAUUGUAUGGGGGGGGGAAAGUUUUAUAUGCAAAAUUCAAACCUUUGUUAUUGGUUAGAAAGUGUAUCUAAUUGCAAAUGAAUCUGAGAGAGAGAUAAAAUGCUGAUUGCAUCAUUAAUAUGCGUAUGAGCUUGUUUGGCUAAAUUUAUUUUGAUAUUCUUACGAGUCAUUUAGGAUGAAAAUGACUAAUAUAACUUGCAUACAUUUACAGAAAAGAUCAAAACUGAGGUGAGUAAUUUAAAUAUUUUUAUUUUAAAAGUUAUAUUCACCACCCUAGAAAUUUUUGAAUUUGGGAACUUUGUUACAGAGUAGCAUGGCGUUUACUUAUUAGCUCACAUAAUGUCUUGAAUAUAUAGUUCUGUAAUAACUCAAAGCAGAAUGUCUAGGUAUGUGUAUGGCAACUAUCACUAUUGCCAGGUUGCAGUAACAUACUCCGAUUAAGAUGACAAGAUCUGUUCAUCUUGUAAAUAUAUUACAGGACAAAAUUAGGCCCGGAAAUACCGGAAGUGGACUACUGCAGACUGGAAGAAAGCUUAAUGGGCAGAUGAAUCCAAAUUCAAAAUCUUCGGUUCAUCAGGCAGAGUGUGUGUACGCCAUCGAGCUUGUGAAAGGAUGGUUCCUCGGCGUGUGACACCAACUGUCAAUAAUGGAGAAGGAAGUGUGAUGGUCUGGGGUUGUUUUACUGGAGGCAGACUUGUUGACUUGCACAGAGUGAGUGGCAUUCUCAAUCGGAAGGGUUGGCACUGAUUGGCUGCUAUAUGAGCACUUAGCUGGCUACUCUGAUGAAUGAAAAAUCAUUUGAAUCAAAUUUUGCACACUUAACGAUUCCUUGAAUGAUUUGAACGUUUGUCCUUUGUUUUUUUGUUGCAUACCUUGAUUUCAAGAAACGUCAAGAGAUGAAACUGCUGGCAUUUGCUCAAAAACUCAAGAGUUGCAAAAAUUUUUUACAGUUGAUAUAUCUUAACAGACAACGGCAGACAGGAAAGCCAUCUGCAAGCAGCCAGCCCCGUCCCUAUGAGUAGGAGACUGCACGAUAGCCAAAGCAAUGAAUCUAGACAGGAAGAAAGGAAAAAUAAACUUCCUCUUCAUGACACCUGUCAAGUGUUGAUAGAGAAGCACUCAAGCACACAUUUGGUUUACCAGUAGAACACUACCUCACUUAUUUAACAGGAUGUACAUCUGUUUUUGCAACUAUGUCCAGAAGCUCUGGAAUACCAGGCUUGUGUCUUAGUGGGGUAGAGUGGACUAGAAUCCAUCCACUCUUGUCUACCAUUCCCAAACAUCUGUUUAACACACAGCAGACAACCCCAGCUGGGGAAGCCAGCUCAAAUCAAACUGACAGAAAAACACCCACAUAUGCAAUCAUAGACAUAAACACACCAAGGUGCAAUUCUGUUGAAAUGAGAGCGGAGUGGCGGAGUCAUUUGUAGAAAGUCGCUUCUCAGGCCUGGGUCCUCUCCGGGCUUGAGGCACACUGAAGUGAAAGGAACAAGCACGCUCAAAGGCCAGCACGGACAGUUGAAACGAGUGAAACAAAAUUCAAAAUCAAAAGAUACGAGAGAACAACAUGCGUUAAACGUUCACUAACGGCAAUACCUCAUUUGCAUAUUCCAAGGAAAGUGAUCUGUGAUUGGUCAGUACCAGGCCCGUCUUCCCUAUCUAAAUGCCUAGCUGCCUCGUCCUAAAUUAAUGGGCUGGUGGGACAUCUUUCUUUAGAACUACUCCCGCUGGCCCCACAAUGCCGGAAUCAUUCCUCGCCCCCUCCUGUCUUGGGCACUGUGCCCAAACAUCGGUUUACUACCCUGCUGAUCUAGAGUUGUAGAGCUCUUCAGUUUUUCUUCAGACUUGAUUAGUUGAAAUGCAAUGACCUUAAAUGUUGAAAAGGUCAGCAGGAAUCUGGCAGAGGCUAACAUUUAAAGAUUAGGUCGUGUAAAAGCGGGAAAAAGGGGAAUUUUCGGAAUACUUCUAAUGGGCCAUCAUCAGGGAACGACUUAUCGGUUACAAUCUACAAAUGUUCUGCAGCAGUUAAAGUAAAUAUAGUCUUGCAAUUUGAAAAGGAGAAAUCUGGCAGACCAUGUCACAACCCAAUCAGAAGGCGAUUUUCUGUGGAUGACAAGGUUGUGCGCUUGGUGCCUUCCAGCACGACCGCCAGAAGCAAAGCUUAACAGUGGUUGAAUAAAGUACAACUCAGUUUCUCCUUCAAAGAGGAGACUUUGUGCUUCAGGUUUGGCAGAGUGGGUGGCAGUAAGAAAGCCAUUCCUUAAAGGACAAAAUAGGGCAUGGAAAUACCAGACAUGGACUACUGCAGACUGGAAGAAAGCCUAACGAGCCGAUGAAUCCAAAUUCAAAAUCUUCGAUUCAUCAGGCAGAGUGUGUGUACGCCGUCGAGCUUGUGAUAGGAUGGAUCCUCGGCGUGUGACACCAACUGUCAAGAAUGGAGAAGGAAGUGUGAUGGUCUGGGGAUUUUUUGCUGGAGGCAGACUUGUUGACUUGCAUUCAUAGAAAAGAAAAACCAUUGCGUAUAUCAACCCUCUUCACUCAAGCUUACCUAUUGGAGACUGUGCCCCCAACACAUAAUGGCUUGUCAUCCCACAUUGAAAGGGCACACUACUGAGCAUCAGUAUGGCUACAGGCCCACAAGCAAUGUCCUUUCCUUACCUCCACCAGAGACUAUUGAAUGGAGAAUCAAGAGUAGCACUCUUGUUUCUAUCCUGACCUCUCUGCCCGCAUUGCACCAGUUAUGCAUUGAGAUGAUCACGUGCAGUUGUACCACACAGAGGAAAAGAAGCAACCUCAAUUGCAUGAAGAAGAAGCUGCCAUGUACUGCUGCAUGUAAAUGUAGGAGAACUGGAGACACAUGCAGAAACAGAAAUGAAUGAACAUUUAUAUCCUUCCCUUAACUGAGUUAGUACUGAAUUUACAGUAUUGACUUAUUUCAGUAUUACACUGAUAGGUACGCUGAGUGGUACAACUAGAAUAUGUGCACUCUUCUAGGGUUUUAGACAGAUAAACUGAAAUCGGACAGAGAAAGAUAAAAGUGAUUGUGUUGCUAAAUUAGAAAUUAUUGAAUUAUGAAUAAAAAUGCUCUACAGACAUGUUAAACUGCAUUGAAAUGAGUGUUUUCACAACUUUUUUGUUUUUCUUGCAAAAGAUACUGCUUAUAUUAUGUACAGAAAGAAUAAACUGUUAAAACAGCUAUUAUUUGUUGGAAUUGUUGCAAUAAACAGACUAUUUUCCAUGUUUCAGAA